AGUACAACCACAGCUUCGAAAAUCUGCGCGAGGCUCAAUAUGUCGUGCAUCUCGCAUUUUACUUGUUUCAACAGGGUGUUGACCCGGAGGAACUGCAUAUCUUGGCACCUUACCGCGCACAGGUCGCUUGCAUUGGAAAAUACGCUGAGCGUUUUUUCCACGCAAAGAAGAAUCGACCCCUCGUGACUUACCUACAGAAGCGGCGCGCGGAAAUUCUUGGGCGGGAGGCAGUAGAAGCUGCGGCGCAAGAUAUGGGACUCGUUGACAGGGAGGAGCAGAAUGUAGAAGUCACGACCCGUCAACAACGGGAGCAAGACUUGUUGCGCGCUUUUUUGCACAACAUCACGCCGAUUGAUGGGUUCCAGGGAAACCAGAAUAAGUACGUGAUUAUUUCUUGGACGAGAUCGAAUGCGCAACAUAUGGCUGGCUUUCUGAAACGACCUGAGGGGAUCAAUCGUC